GGGCUGUCAUUGAUGUCAUUGACUCUCGGCUGAUCUAGUUGUAUAUUUCGUGAACUGAAACAAUCGAUAGAGAAUUUACAAAUAAUUCAGAACAUUAUCCAACCACACAAUAUGGCAACAAACGAGCGAUGGGGUGGUUUUACGGAUGGCUCUGAUUUGAAGUCUGAAUUGCAGGCGAACGACUUUAUUUCGCCGAAACAAAAAUUAGAAAAGCUGAAAUUGUCUAAUUUGACAACAAAAACAACAGAUGAAAACAAUCAAGUUUUGACCAUAGACAAUCCGUUGGUAACACAAACGGUGGAAGUAAUGAAUCAAACGGAAUUCAUUCAAACCUUGUUGGACACAUAUGCCAGUGAUGCUCAAUCUAGUUUCCUCAAUCAAAACGAGGGAAUUUUUAUGCCACACAUUGAUUUAACACCAGACACCACCGCCAAUUUAGUCAGCGAUGAGAAGUUUUUGAAGCCUUUAUGGUAUAUUCCGCCGCACGAAACAGAAUUCACCAAAGGAUCACCCACGACCAUACCAAAAAUUUCGAAACCAGUUGCGAUGGAAGCCAUUCGAAUUUCUCUCAGCGGAUUGGUACGGUUGAAAGGAUUUAAUGAUUCCACGGAUAGUGCGCUUCAGAUGUUUACCGAUGGUGUGGAUGAAUUUUUCAAGUGUUUUAUGGAAUCUAUUAACUCCGUGCUCGUAAAUGACGGCCAAGACAGAAAUAAAACCCUAACAAUCGCUACAUUGGAAAAGGCUUUCCAAAGGAACAAUUCAUCGUUAACUACGCUACACAAUUACUACAAAAACGAAAUCAUUGCCAGAAAUAAAAGUGAAAUCGACGAAUUUAAAAACGUUUAUCAAGAUUAUGAUAAACUGAUGCAAGAAAAUCUCAAUAUGCAAAAGACAUUGAAUGCUCUGAAGAGUGAAAUGGGUGAUGCAAAUUAUUUUCUUCGAAUCGGAAACAACUCUUACCACCCGUAUGACGUCUCUGCCACCUGUGAUGAUGGUAUUGAAUUCUGGACGACAAGUUCCAAAUAAUUUUCUUUUUCGUAUAAAGUGUGAAAGGAAAUUAUACUGCGAACGCCUCUUGCGUCGCACAGACUCGGUCUUGCUUCUUUGAUUGCGACCUAAAACAUGUUUGUCUCGGUAGAUUUAGAUAUUACGAUGGUCCUCUCUAUCAAUACCUAUAAAUGUUGAGCAGCACCGCAGCACCGUAAUAUCGAAAUUAUUGUUGAAUGUGUUAUAUGUCUUUUUCUUGCAAGCAGAUACUUCCUGGACUGUCAGAAUUGCCAUACUCAUAAAAUUUGAAUAAAAACAUACAUUUUGUAGCCUCCUAA